GAAUGCUGGCAAAACCAUUUCAAUGUUCAUUGCAUGAACAUACUUUAUGCUACCCUAAAACAAACAGUUGUGUAAACAAGAACAAACGCAUUUGAUAAAACAACGGGAUUAUAGACACUACAAGGGUGCACUAAUUUUUCUUUCAAUACGGAUAGUUUUUAGGCUAUUCGUAACUCUUCUUUAUUUCGAGGACCGGAACACUCGAUUAUAUUUUACAAUUGUCUUGUAACUCAAUGAAAUACAUGAUUCCAGUUGAUGUUCUUGGAAAUGUCAAAAAUAAUCCAACGUGAUGCAAUUUGCAUAUGUACCACUAUGGUGCGGUUCUAUUGGUCAAGAUUGUUUCUUGAAGACUAAAAAGCGUCCAGAAAAAUAUAGAAAUGACGUAAAAUAUACCGUGUUCGUGUUCGCUUUUUGCGCGCGCCUUGUCCAUAAACCGGUUUUUCCGUUCCAACAUGGGCAACGGUGUAGUUUCCAAGGAAGGUUUUGCGAAUGGAGAACUUGAAAAAUCCACGAACAAUGACAAUUUAAACAAUUCUAAGCUACAGCAGCCUUUAUUAAGUAAAGAACUAAACGAAAAGGAUGAACUAUUGCAAAGAAAAGACGUCGAAUUAAAACACAGGAUGAAAACGCUUGACGAAAAGGACGCGGAGAUCGCCAAACUAAAAAAAGAAAUCCAUGAGUUGAAGUGUGUUGUACAGCAGACGGCGAACAAAUUCAGUGUCAUGUCUGUAAUAAAUGAAGAUUCUGUCAUGUCAAGCUCACACGACUUUAGUGGCUCCAAGAUGAAAAAAAAUCGGAUAAGUAGAAAGGAGAAAAGACAAGCAGUUAGCGGAGAAAGUAGCUCGAAAACACAGGAGGAGUCGAAGAAAGAUUUGGUCCGCUUUCCUAAAGACUUCAGGUCAAAACAGCUAAUCAAGGAUGCCAUUUGUGAAAAUGAUUUCUUGAAGAACCUAGAGCCUGCCCAGGUGCGAGAAAUCGUUGAGUGUAUGUUCUCUCAGUCAUGUGAUAAAGACGAAGUCAUCAUACGAGAGGGUGAAUCUGGAAAUGCCCUUUAUGUUAUAGCAGAGGGUCGCUUGGGUGUGACUAAAGAUGACGAGUUCCUUGGUGAAAUGAGUGGUGGAAUGGUGUUUGGUGAGCUUGCUAUUCUUUACAACUGCAAAAGAACAGCUACUGUCAAAGCUAAUGAACCAACAACACUGUGGAAGAUUGACAGAAAGAUGUUUCAGAUGAUAAUGAUGAGGACAGGAAUGAUCAGACAGGCUGAACACAUAGCAUUUCUUAAAAGUGUUCCGCUGCUUAAAAAUCUACCAAACCAAGAUCUCUCAAAGCUUGCAGAUGUACUUGAUGUGGACUUCUACCAUGCUGGUGAUUACAUCAUCAGGGAGGGAGAGAGAGGAGACACAUUUUACAUCAUCAGUAGAGGAACGGCACGAGUAACACAAAGAAUUGCAGGUCAUGAUAAACCCAAAGAAAUUCGUAUGCUCAAGAAGGGAGAUUACUUUGGUGAAAAAGCCCUUCUUAGCGAGGACAGACGCACAGCAAGCGUUAUUUCUGAAGGAUCAGGAGUUGAAUGCUUGGUAAUUGAUCGUGCAGCAUUCAAGACACUGAUUGGGAACAUCAAUGAGUUGAGACAGAGGGACUAUGGUGAUGAAGAACGAGGUGCCAGAAGAUACGUUCCCGAGGAUGAAGAUCAAUCCAGAGUAUUCCAAGAGAAGAAAGUUUCUAAGAAAUUUGAAGACUUGACUCUAGAAGAGCUUGAGGUUAUAUCUACACUUGGCACUGGUGGGUUUGGCCGAGUAGAACUGGUCCAGAACGUCAAAGACAAAAGCACCUACGCCUUGAAGUGCUUGAAGAAAAAACACAUUGUUGAAACUAAACAACAAGAACAUGUCUACUCAGAGAAGAGAAUAUUGAUGGAAUGCAAUUCACCGUUUAUUUGCAGAAUUUUCCGGACAUUCAAGGACAGGAAAUACGUUUAUAUGUUAUUAGAAGCUUGUCUUGGUGGGGAGCUGUGGACAAUUUUAAGAGACUGGAGUAGCUUCGAUGACAUCACUGCUCGUUUCUGUAUUGCUUGUGUCGUAGAAGCUUUUGAUUACCUACAUGGUAAAGGAAUCGUCUAUAGAGACCUAAAGCCCGAAAAUCUUCUCUUGGACAGUCGAGGAUAUGUUAAAUUGGUUGAUUUUGGUUUCGCAAAGAAAGUCGGCUUUGGUGGUCGUAAAACAUGGACUUUUUGUGGUACACCUGAAUAUGUCGCACCAGAAAUCAUCCUGAACAAGGGCCACGAUCUCUCCGCCGACUACUGGUCCUUAGGAAUACUCAUCUUUGAGCUGUUGACGGGAAGCCCUCCAUUUUCUGGGUCAGAUCCUAUGAAAACCUACAAUAUAAUUUUAAGAGGUCUCGACAUGGUGGAGUUCCCUCGACGAAUAGGCAGAAAUCCCCAAAAUCUUAUCAAGAGACUCUGUCGAGAUAACCCGGUCGAGAGGCUUGGRUACCAGAAGGAUGGACUAAGUGACAUCAAAAAGCACAAGUGGUUUCAAGGAUUUCAUUGGCAGGCAUUAGUGGACAGAACUUUAGAACCUCCUAUUAAACCCAAGAUCGAAAGCAAUACAGACUGUUCCAAUUUUGAUGUUUACUCUAAAGAUAUGGAUAUACCACCAGAUGACCUGUCAGGAUGGGACGAGAAUUUUUAAAGAAAUCUUCUUUAAUUUUAUAUUAGGCCAUGUAAAUAGUUGCGCACGCGCAUGCAAGCUAAACUUGAGAAAGUAACUUCAUCCCCAGGGCYAUCUCGUCGACUUUUGUUCAAAAUGGCGGUCGUUAAAGAGAAUUGAAAGGGAGCCUUUCCUUUUCCAUUUUUGACCUCAUGCUCGCGCGUUUGCAUUGCCGACACGUAAUUCGUAUUAUGCUUUCUAUAUUGGCACUCUUCAUAUGAAAGUCAAUAAUAGAAUUGCUCCUCGAAUAAAUUAAUGAGUUUAAUUUAAGAAAUUUUAUCAAAAAAUACAUUAUUUAAUUAUUUUUUAAUUUAAUUUUAUAUAAAUUUUUGUACAUAGCGCAAGGCGAUGUUCCUGCUUUGCAUUCUAUUCUAAGAAAAUUUAAUUCAAUAAAAACAACUAUCGUAAAAUAUAAUAUUCAUCAGAAUUAUAUUGAUCGAGUGCUUGUUAUACGAUACAAAAUUUUGAAARAGCUACGUGRCUUGCAGGCGCAUGGUGGCUUGCUUCAAAAUCCAAGAUGGCCGAUCAAGAAAGAAUAUCAAAAUCAUAUACCGGUAACCAGAAUGUCAUAGUUGGGGCGCUUACCAUUUGUCAGAACUGGCUGGC